AUGAAUAAACAUACUUAUUGUUUAGUUAAUCGUCAAUUACAAUUCGUAAUGACCAAUAUUCAUUUAUUAUCAAUAAUAAGUUGUUUCAAUUGUUUACCCAAUGAACUUAUUUUGAUUAUUUGGACAUACUUAGGUCAUGUUGAAGCAAUAAAAAUAUUUGGAUCUAUGAAAUGCCAACGAUAUACACAUCUAUUAGAAGAAUAUUGUUAUAAAAGUAUUAAUUUUCGUGAAACAUCAUUAUCAACUUUUCAACUUUAUUGUUCUUAUUUAUUCAAUAAAAUUCGAUUGAAUAUACAAACGCUAAAACUUGGUCAUCGAACUUCUUAUUCCCAAUUACGUCUUCUUACACAAAUACGUCCAGGUUGGUAA